AUGGCUGUUUGGGGCCUGGGGAGCCAACUUGUCCUGCGCGGGUGCAUCGGCGCCAGCAGGCUGUUAUGUCCCCGUUUCCAGAGCCGCGGCUCUCAAGGCGUGGAAGACGGGGACAGGCCACAGCCUUCCUCGAAGACCCCCAAGAUCCCCAAGAUUUACACCAAAACAGGAGACAAAGGGUUUUCCAGCACUUUCACAGGAGAAAGGAGACGCAAAGAUGACCAGCUGUUUGAAGCCGUGGGAACUACAGAUGAAUUAAGUUCAGCUAUUGGGUUUGCUAUGGAGUUAAUUGCAGAAAAGGACCACACACUUGCCGACGAGCUUCAGAAAAUCCAGUGUACACUGCAGGAUGUCGGCUCUGCCCUGGCCACGCCAUGUUCCUCGGCCAGGGAGGCUCACUUAAAGCAGGUGACCUUUAAGGCGGAGCCUAUCAUGGAGCUGGAGCAAUGGAUUGACAAGUACUCCAGCCAACUGCCCCCUCUCACGGCUUUUAUUCUGCCUUCCGGAGGCAAGAGCAGCUCAGCACUGCACUUCUGCCGGGCUGUGUGCCGCCGUGCUGAAAGACGUGUGGUACCUCUCGUCCAGAUGGGAGAGACCGAUGCCAAUGUGGCCAAAUUCUUAAACAGACUCAGUGACUAUCUCUUCACCAUAGCCAGAUACGCAGCCAUGAAGGAGGGGACUCAAGAAAAAAUAUACAAGAAAAAUGACCCAUCGGACCAAAUCUGAGACACUUUGAAAUAAUGGCAAGGAGGGCUUCACAAGACUCUGCAUAGUGACCAUGGUGACAUUUGCCCUUCUAGAGUUCUGGUUCUCAAAGAGCUCAACCCUAGGGACUAGAAACAGACUGAGCCUUGCCUUACAUCCUGUCACUUCCUACAAAGGAUUGAGGCUCUCAGGUUUCUGCCCAGCUUUCCCAGGCUGCCUAGGUCUCGGAGGAAGUGGGGCUGCACUCAGUGUCGCAGAAAAGGUGGGCAAAGGUUGCAAAGAGAAGGAGCCACGCAGAAGAAUAAAAGUGGAAAAGGUUUGAGCCAUG